GGUCUGUCUUUAUUUGUUAUAUUUACAAUUUUGCAUCUCAUUGCCUACAACUUUGCGAUAAGCCAUGGAAACCUGUGAAGCUGGAUCCUCUGGUACAAAUGAGUGCAUUUUUGGAGAUCUCAUGAAGAUCGCAACAACUGGAGCAUCUUCCAAUACAGCUUCCAAAGACAACUACAAAAUAACUGGUGUUGAAGCCUCACAUAAAAUGGCUGAAUAUGAUCUGGAGAGGAUGGACAUGUACAAGCCCAUCAUCAUGAAUGUUGCCAGAGCUAAAAUGUUGGACCCAGCAGUGAUUGCAGGCAUCAUAUCGAGAGAGACAAGGGGUGGAACGCGUGCAUCGGGACUUGUUGAUGGCUGGGGAGAUGAAGGCAACGCCUUUGGACUCAUGCAGGUUGACCAACGUUACCACGAUCCAAAGGGAGACUGGGACAGUGAGGAGCACAUCCACCAAGCUACUGAUAUUUUAAUCCGUUUCAUUAAAAGAAUUCAGAACAAAUUCCCAGACUGGUCCAAGGAGGAUCACUUUAAAGGAGGAAUUGCAGCCUACAAUGCUGGCCCAGGAAAUGUUUGCUCUCAUGCGGAAAUGGAUUGCAAGACUACAGGGGCAGACUAUGCCAAUGAUGUGGUGGCUAGGGCUCAGUUUUUUCAACGCAAUGGAUACACACUGUGAUGCACUGGACUACUGUUGAAUUUACCUUUAUAUUGUACUGAUUGAUCGUGUGGAUGAUGGAUGGGUCAGUUCUUGGUUAAAGGAAAUUAUUAGUAGCUCUGGUAAAAGGUGAUGGGCUUUUAUUUUUGCAGGCAUGGUUUGGCAAGGCAAGGCAUCUUUGUAAAUCAUUACAAAGUACAACUUUUCUAUCAAAAAAACUUUUUUUAUACUGAUGGAUAUGAUGUCUUUCAUGAUGACACCUCACCAAUCCACAGGGCAUGAUGGCUCAUUAAAUGGUUCAAUGAGUACAGAAAUAAUGCAAAUAAAUAAUACUGUACGAUAACUAGAAAACAGAUUUCUAUAUAAAACAGAUUGACAUGUACAGAAGACUUUGAGGACAGUGCUUCUUUUUUAAAAAUGGUUGCAUGUGCGUGAAUGAUGAUCCCGGCUGAGGUGACUAGCAAACUGUAAUGUUUUUCCUGAUUAGUAUCACCAACAAGUGGCUUUCUUAUGGACACCUACAGUAGCUGUUUAGUUCAAAUCCUGUUCUCGUUAAACUGUUUAUGUGGAAAUGCUCUUACUUUUACUAUUAAAAAAUGCUGUGAUUUCUUCUA